GCUGCCCUGCAAGCAUGGCGCUCCGCGGCGAGCGCGCGUCCGGCCCCGGCGCUGCCUUGCCUCGCGGGGCCUGCUCGCAGGUCACGGUGUCCAGGGAGCUGCUGGCGGCGGGGAACGGGGCCUCCGGAGGUAUCUGGGACCAGUUGCUCAUCACUUCUAAGCCUCAUUCCAGAAAGACCCCCACGCUUCAAACAGUUCGGAUGCAGAGGAGCCCUUUGUUAGACCAAGUUCAGGCCUUUCUCCCACAAAUGGCCCAGGCAAAUGAAAAGCUACGAAAGGAAAUGGCGGUUGCUCCAGCUGGUCAUUUCAAUAUUGAAAAUAUUGAUGAGACAUCCGGAAACAUCAUACAGAUGGAUGUGGCCCUGUUUGAGAUGAAUCGGUCAGAUUCACAAGAGGAGGAUAGUCCAGAGGAGAGCUCCCAGGACAGUUCUGGAGACAGCACAGAGUCCGAAGAGGAAGACUGCGUCCACUCUGAAGUCACCAUGGAGAACAUUAAGCUUCCAAAUGCAGAAGGUGGCAGAGGCAAGAUUGAAGUCUUGGGCAGUCCAGCAAGUAAAAAAAAGAAGCAGUGAAGGAAAGCAUCUGAAAAGAAUCAGGCGCUGUUCUCUGCCUGCGAGUUGUCGGGGAAGGUACUUUCCCAGGUGGAUUGGCUUCAAGGUGUCUGUGGUCCUCUUUUAAGUGUCAAAAAGAAAAAUUAAUGAGUUGGGUGUAUUCUCAAGUGUUCAGAGCUCGACUGCAGAGCGGGUCGUUCCAUGGAUACAGAGAAGAGACAUCAUCUGAACAGUGUGGCCUGUGACUCAGGGAAGCUCCUGUAUUCUAAAUGACACUACUGGAAUUCUCACUUCCAAAUUUGGGGUUUGGUCUUGAUUUGUUUCUGUAUCAUGGCAUGGCAGGUUACAAUUGUAUAGGAACUGGGUACUGGAAACAAGCCCAGAGUAACCGCCCCCUGCCUUUGAAAAGGUGUGAUGGUGGCUAUAUUUAAUUCAAGAAAAACCAAAGCUGCCUUUUAAAUAUUUGUAAUGGUAAGUGACACCCUGUAAGAGCAGACUGAGCUCUGCUCUCACUAUAAAGAGAUUUAAGUGUUCACAUA